AUGGACUCUGCGCUCAAGGCCAAGCUGACUGAGAUCUUGGAUAGUGCGACUCAGAAGGGGCUUUUGAGUUCCAUGGAAGUCGUAUACGCUUUACUCAAGGAACAUGGCUACAUGUACCAGUUACAUGUACAUAGCAAGCUGAUCGGAGUACAUCAGGGCAACCGCGACGGAUUCGGAAUCGACCCUGAGCACUGCCACGCACUUGUGGACCGUUUCCACGACCUUGGAUUUGUGCCUUCUGCUGGAAGAUACAUUGCAGUUGAGAUCCCCAUGGGACCUGAAGGUGAGGUCACUCGAGAGUUCAACAAACAGCUGGCAGCUUCAUCCAAGGAUCUGCUGCCGCCUGUCAAUGACAUCUUGAAGUAUGCCUCAAUCAGCGGAAGCCACAGCAACAUGGUCCUUCGCUUGUGGCACUACAGCUGCAAGCACGGGCAGAACCUUCUCAGCGUUGAUCAGCUACGUGCACACGACCCUGUCUACGCCUCAGCGGUGGAGCAAGGGCUUCAGUGGGAAGUCGUGUCUGCUGAGAUUACCCAGUGUUUUCCGAGCUUCGUUUCUCUAGCACAAUCUGCUCAGAACUCAAUUGCUCAAGUGUGCCAGCAGGAGACAGAGCUUCAGCUUUGCAAGCGUGUGAAGGCCUGCAUUCGAAGCGAUGGCUCAAUCGCGAAAUAUGAAGACAUCGCCCCCAUCAUUUUGAGGUCGCAGCCACCCAACCCGGGCAUUGUACCGUAUCUGAUGAAGUUUAUCAUGCGGUUUGGCUGUGCUGGAGACAUGAUGGAGCUCACCGAAAGCUUUGUGAGAACAAAUGGCGCCUCUGGCAGAUCGUUGGGCAUUGACAUGUGGGAUUGCCUUUCAAUGGAAGUGAAGCACCGCGACCAAGAGCAACUCAUGCUCUGGCGGCAAGCCUUUUUGAAGGCCUUGUUGUGCCACCAUGAGAAGUUGCUUUCCGUCAGUGACCUCCGCAAAAGCUUGAUUUCCAAAGAUGUUCUCCGCAAGAUCUUGACGUUCGAGGACAUGCUGGUCAACCUGAAGGCUCAUGGUGCAAAGUUCACGGACUUGACCUCAUACCAGCUGUUGCAAGGCCAUGGCAUCUUUGAAGUGAAAGCUGUGGUUCUGAUCGUAGGCAAGAAGUCGAAGGAACCUGAUGCGCUCUUCUUGAAAGUUGAGACUUUAGAAGAUGCUGCGUUUCAAUGCCACGAGUAUUGGAGCCGCGACUUCGACGAAGCUGGCAAGCUCAAGGGGACUGCCAAGAUUGAGGAAAAGUUCCAGAUCGGCGACGUGAUCUAUCGUGCAGCAGACGAGCAGCAAGGAAAAAUCAUUGCCAUGCAUCCGCUGCAUGUAGAGUUGCAAGCAGAUGACGGUCAUGUGUACAAGGUGACCGCAGAUGACUUGCUGAAUGGACCAGAGUGGAAGAAGGUAGCAGAGAAGAAGCCCAUGGUCCCAGUGGCGGAUCCUGAGAAGUGGCUCUUGGAGAUGGCCAUUGCACAGGUCAAAGCCGAAAUGACAGUCAGGCUUCUAGAAGAAGGCACGAAGCUGCAGGGUUCUCUUGCGAAGCUUGAGAUGUACUCCAAGCCCAAGGGUGUUUUCAGUGCUGCAGCGUCGGCAAAGGGAAAGCUUUGCUUGGCACCCUUGACCAACCGGCUUGAGUUGCAGCUCGUUGCUGACAAGAAGCCGCCGCCAACGGGUUCAAUUCUCAUGUGCGAACACAAGGUCGAUGG